GCGAGGCUCCAUGGGCUGCUUGCGGCAGCAUGGUGCUCGCCCUCAACGGCAGCCACCUCUCCGGUAACCCGCUGCGGCCGCUGGCGCUGGAGGAGCCGCGGGCGCUGGGCGGCGGCAGGAUGAUCGCCGGCUCCUGGCCCCCGCGCAGCCUGGCCAAGCUCGGCCCGUCGUCCCCCCCGUCGGCGCUGCCCACGGCGAGCCCCCUCCCCGCCAACGACUCGCAGUGCGGGGAGCAGAUCCUCAGCUACGGCAGCGCCGAGAAAGUUCUCAUCGGGGCCGUGCUCUGCCUCAUCACCCUGCUGACCAUCGCCGGCAACUGCCUGGUGGUGAUCUCCGUGUGCUUCGUGAAGAAGCUGCGGCAGCCCUCCAACUAUCUCAUCGUCUCGCUGGCCCUGGCCGAUCUCUCGGUGGCCCUGGCCGUCAUGCCCUUCGUCAGCGUCACCGACCUUAUCGGCGGGGAGUGGAUCUUCGGGCGCCUCUUCUGCAACGUCUUCAUCGCCAUGGAUGUCAUGUGCUGCACGGCCUCCAUCAUGACCCUCUGUGUGAUAAGUAUCGACAGGUACCUGGGAAUCACAAGGCCCCUCACAUACCCUGUAAGGCAGAAUGGGAAGUGCAUGGCCAAGAUGAUCCUGUGUGUCUGGCUGUUGUCUGCCUCCAUCACCAUUCCCCCGCUCUUCGGCUGGGCCCAGAACGUCAACGACGAAAAGGUUUGUCUCAUCAGUCAAGACUUUGGCUACACCAUUUACUCCACAGCAGUUGCAUUUUACAUCCCAAUGUCAGUGAUGCUUUUCAUGUACUAUCAGAUCUAUAAAGCUGCCAGGAGGAGCGCUGCUAAACACAAGUUUUCUGGUUUUCCCCGUCUGGAAGAAAUGGAAGGGAUUUCUGUGAAUGGACUUGUAAAACUGCACAAGGAAUCUGAAGAAUGUACUAAUUUUUCACGACUCCUAAAGCACGACAAGAAAAACAUUUCCAUCUUUAAAAGAGAACAGAAAGCUGCCACCACCCUUGGGAUUAUUGUUGGGGCCUUCACAAUCUGCUGGCUGCCCUUUUUCCUCCUCUCAACUGCAAGGCCCUUCAUCUGUGGUACAGCGUGCAGCUGCAUCCCCCUCUGGGUGGAGAGAACAUUUCUGUGGCUGGGCUAUGCAAACUCCCUCAUUAACCCUUUUAUCUAUGCCUUCUUCAACCGGGACCUGAGGACAACCUAUCGCAACCUGCUGCAGUGCAGAUACAGGAACAUCAACCGCAAACUCUCGGCCGCGGGCAUGCACGAGGCUCUGAAGCUUGCAGAAAAGCCAGAAUUUGUUCUGUAAGGUCACCCAUCCUCUACUGUGAUCAUUUUUUGUUGUAUCACGUUGCCUUUUCCCCCACAGGUUUGAAAGAAGUGUUGUAGGAAGAACCAGCACUGUUGAGCACUGUUAAUGCAGUCAGCAGGAAACAAGGUAGAGCCCACCUGUCCUAAUCAGCCUGGAAAAGCAAGAGCACCAUCUAGAGAAUUUGGGUCUAAGAGGAAUAUAAAAAAGGAUGGAAGUGAAAUGUAGCACAGGAUGUUUGAGCUGUUAGUGAGGAAAAAGCAAAGUUGGCCUAACCUGUUUGUUUGGCCCAAAAAAUAUUUAGUAGGUCUGAAUGUUGGAUGCACCUUGUGUCCCAGAGAUUCUUUGCUGUAAUAAAGACCUGAGAAUGGUGAAAAGUUAAUUUCCUUCCACUUCAGUAUUACAAAAAUAAAUCAUUAAAGAAGAAGCUGAAUCAAAGAACUUGUAUUCCUUAGAAAUAUUCUUUAUGAUAAAACCCCAUAUGUUCAUUAAACAUUAAUUUACUGGAUUGCCUGGAAAUGAACUAUGUUGUGAAAUUCAAUAUUGUUUUGCACAGCAACUGUGGCACUGAAAGAAUAUGUCACACUUCCAAUGUGAUUAAAGAGUUUGAGUAAAGUCACAUGGACCAGCAUCAACUGCUGCAUACAGCCCUGCAGCACAGUCAGCUGCAGUGCUGCUGUGCAAAUCACACCAGGUAAUGUUGUACUGUAUAUCUAACAUAACAAGUGUGUCUGAUUACAGUUUAUUUCAGGAUCUGUCUCGUCUUUGUCCAUCUCUUCAUUCUUUAAUUCUCUUGGCUUUCUCAGCUGAGCACUUCUCUAAUCUAGAUGGAGACUGUCUGUGCACAAGUAAUUUCUGUGAUGUAUGGCUGGUCCUUGCUCCAUUUCAGUAGUUAAUUUACUGUCUAUUUGAAAGCUCUUCUACUUUCUGGGACUUCUUUCUUUUCUCAACUCAGUAAGGAAAAAACAAACAUGAGACCUUAUGACUUCAGAGACAUCUGGACUUUAUCCUUAGAAUCUGAUUUUAAUCAUCACUUGUGCUUAAAGUGAUUUAAAGCCUUGCUGUGUGUAUGAAUAAAGACAAUUUACUUUUGCUGGUUCUAGCUUUUUCUGCCAUCAUUACAGUUUGUCCAAGUGUGUGAUCCUACUUCCCCUGACUUUAGUAACAGAUCUCUUCUGUCAGUGUAGCAGGGCCAAAUAGUAUAACAAUUUUUUAUUAAAAAUUAAAAAUAAUCAUAUUGGUUAUAUUAAUAUAUUACUAGUAAUGUAUUAAUAUAACAUGCAGCAAUUUUGUAAGAUACUAUUAUAAUAAAAUAAUAAUAAAACAACCCAUAAGAACAAGAUGAGUUCUUUGGCCCAAGUGUGCACUGCACACCAUGUUCCAGCUGAAGCAGAGGGUGAGGGUACAUGACUGAACAAACACUUCAAUCUUCAGAGCUUGAUCUGCCUUUUCAGAUAUUGGGACACCAGUGAGGAGACAUGUUCAUUAUCAAAUUGCCUCAGCAUCAAUUCCCACUUUAGGCUAACUUCUGUCCCUGCUUUCUCAAGUCUGAAGGCAAAAUGACUUCAAUGAGCACAGUGAUGCUCAUUUGGGCUGAACAUCAGGGGCAGUCAGUGCCAGAGCCCUUGUUCCAAGCUUACAGAGGUAACUGCAGACACUCGAGCCUCUCCCUGGCACAUGGCCAAGAGCUGGGUGAUGUGCUGAGCCACUGAAACAGGCUGCAGCAAUUUUAGAUGCAUUCAUGCACUGCAGUAGAGAGUACAUUUUGGCCUCAUUUUAACAACAGAAUUGUAGAGUAAGAGGCUGUAUCCCAACAUUAAAACAGUUUUCUAAAGAACUUUCAAACUUAUUUGGGACAGUCCUAUUUCUUUUAAAUGUUCCAAUAUUAUGCACAGGGACAAGAAGAGAUUUGAGCCCAGAAGAUCCACAAGCUCUGGAGUACAGGGUUACCUCAAGUAUAUUUUCCAUAUUGAACAUGAAAUGACUUUUGUUUAUUUAUUACUUAUCAGAGGAGCUUUUUUUGGUUUUUUUUUUUUUUUUGUUUGUUUCCAGCAUAAAUGAGAAGUUUUCAAGGCCCCUCUAAGUUUUUUUCCUGUAUAAGGACAUACAUGGGAAUGUACAAAUAGAUGUAUCUGGGAAGACUCCAAGUGGGACUACGAAACUCUGAAGAUGAUUUUAGAAUUCUGGACAGAAGUUUCAGCAUUUUUAUUCUGCAGGAAAGCCUGAGAAGCUGUUUCCUCCAAAUAAGAUGAUUUUUAUUUUUUUUUUUUUUAAUGGAAUAUGUGUCUUGUGAGUCAGAAAUUGACAUUUGCCCAGCUGUCACUAAAGGCAAUUGCUUUCCUCUGGGAAAACAUCCUGCAGGAGUCCAGCUUUCCUCUACCAUCUGUUUCAGGUAAUGAGAGCACAGGAAGGAAUAAGACUUGUUAUGGUGUUUAUACCAAUCCUGGAAGUUUUUGAGAUAAACAUCCAUAUUUGGUCUCUGGAUGUGUUUGGAAAGAAAAGCAAAACCAAUGAAAAAAUACUCCAAAAACCAAAACUCCACAAAGUUUUUUCAUACACCCAAAUCAAAAUAUUGACAAUUGAAUGGUGUUUCUAGAUGGAGCUGUAUUUGAGGGGAAAAGUGAAGAAGCUGAGAAGAUUAGAAGAACAUCCCACUGCCCAAGCACACAAAGAAGUUGAGAAGAAGAGAAAGUUUGCAGGCAGAAUUCUAAUGGGAAAAGGCUUUAGGAAGAACAAGAAGGACAAUAUUGUUUGGGAUUGUGAACAGGACAUUUCCUUUUUUAAAAACAUAAAUAAAUAAAUUGAACUGCAUCACAAUGUCUAACUGCAGCAAUAGCAUUUUUUCACUUAGAUAAUUCACCACACUUCUGACAAGAGAGUAAUACAAAAAUGGGUGUAUGAGAAGUCUAUGUCAACAUGUGUUUGUAGCAAAUCCAAGAAGUGACUGCACUCGUGCUCUCUGUGUUCCUCCAUGUGUUUCCAGAGGAAAGCCAGAAGGGUGAAUCAAAUAGAUGGGAUUGUGAAAAAAAAUGGAAAUAAAAGACUCCAGGAAUCAGCCAGAGCACAGGCAGGCCAGCAUAACACUGCCUAAGUGAAGAGGGGGAAAGUGAGAAUUGCACUCCCCCUGCCCUCUCAGCACAGCUUUUAAGAGGGAGACUGUCUGUGGUGGGAGCCUCAUUGCUGACACUUUGCCAGCUCCCGCCACCUGCCAGCCUGCACAUCCAAUACUGCAACACACUGUUGGCACUUGCCAAACUCCUGUUUAGCAACAGCCUUGCUGGGGAGAAAUAGAAAUAGCAGAAUGGUAAAACUGUGACUUGAUGAUAAUAUCUUAUUAUUAAUAUGCCUCUAUUGCUUCCCAUUUCAGUUUCAUAAGAAGAAAACCAAUAGUUUUCAUGCUCUGUUCUGAGCUAGCACCACCUGCAGAAAGAUGUGUCAAAGAGUGGCAAAUAAAUCUACUGCAACAAGACAAAGAAGGGAAUUAUGUAUCAAAUUAAUACUAUAAACAAUACAGACAAAAUCCACUCACUCUUUUGUCCCUGCUCCCUGGCAGGAAAACAGAUUUCCAGGCAGCCAUUGCUCCAAAGAGUGCAGCAUUAUUUAAACAACAUGAUGGAGUUAAGUUUUUGGAUUACUGACCAAGACACUGCAGUUACAGAACUGGAAGGUGUUGGAAGCAAUGCCAUUGGUUUUUGUGCUUUCCCUAUCUAUUUAAUUUUCAUAAUAUUUUUCUGAUCCUACAGGAAAAAACCCUAUUUAAAUUACAGUAUUCUUGAAGAAAGUGCAAGAUCAAUGUGUCAUCAAAUCCUCUUCACAGUUUGCUUAAGAAGUAAUUCUUGUCUUUUAAAAUGUUUCUCAGGAAGACACAGAGAAACAGAAAGGAGAAAAUUAAGAGACUUGGGGAAUGGUUGUAAUAUGCAAAAUUAUUAUUAUCCUGGAACAGAAGACACGUCUUAUUUCAAAUGCUGACGAGGAGAAGUUCUGAUUUCUCCAGGGAAAAAGAGUCAUGACCAAAUGUGCUUCAGAGCAGCCAGAAAAAGUCAAGCCAGACCAGGAAGAAGAAAAAUGAACAGUUGGCUUCUGAAGAACUGGAUGGAUUUAUAAAAUGUACUUCAUCUUCCUUUGAUGUGUGCUAAAAAUAUUCCAUGAGCUCAAUACAUUUUAUUAGAUACAUUUCUAUUGGAAGUGCUCACAUCUUGUUUGUUAUGGAGGAAAAUGCUGUUACAUACAAAUGAAAAUAGUUUUCUGCCUGAGAAAGCCAAAUAAUUUCAGCAAUAAGUUUGACAAAGGGUGGGGGGAAUGCCACUAAAACUUAAAGCCUUGUACAGAUUUCCACCACAUUUAAUUAUGUAGAAGAACAUUUGUAUGUUUACCAUGCUUGUGGAUCCCAGCACUGGUAUUCACAUUCAGGGAUUGUCAGUGAUACUGAAUGUAUUUUGCUGUACUAAAAAAGAAAGGUUUUCAGGCAAAUGUUGUCUCUGUGGAUGCUUUCAGAGCUUGUGUUAAAGAGAUGCUGUACACCUGCAAUGGCAUUGAGAACGACAACAAUAAAAGCCAAAUUUUUGUUAAAUA